AUGAGUGAUGUUCUGCAGAAGGCCAAGAAUCGAAUACGUCAAGAGUUGGAGGUAACAAUAAAGGCCAUACUAUUUGAAGGUGCUGAUGGCCAAAUUUCCGGGUUAGUUGAAGUUUUUUGUGUAUACUUGAAAUUUAGAGAAGUAAAUCAGGCGGUUUGCAACACAAUAGAAGCAAUAUUCAUUCAUGGUCUUAAGGACGCGUUUUUUCUCAAAGGAUCGAGGUAUUCAAAGUAUCCGGAGCCAGUAAGUAAUCUUAUAUUGUGUGUCUUGGAGCAUCGACGUUUGAAAAUACUGUUUCAGUUUAAGGUGUACGGUUUUUAAGUACUAUAUGUUAUUUUAAACAAAGUUAUUAAGUGUUUUUAUUUUAGAAUUUUUGGCCGUUUGUAUCUAAAUUCACUCAUAAGAGCGUCAAGAAUCAGAUCAAUGGCCAAAAUCAAAUUAAGAAUGAGAUUGGCAAAGGACGUGCUUGGAUUCGUAUCAUAAUGAACGAAGGAGCACUUGAACAUUACAUUUCUAUGAUAUCAAAGGAUACUCAGCAGCUGCAGUACGUUUGCUUUUAUAUUCUCUCUGUUUUUAGGGAAUUAGCUUUCUUUGAAUACAGCGUUUUAUUAUCUUGAAUUGAAUUUUAGGCAGUUUUAUGGAGAAGCAGCUUUUCUACGAGAUAGUGACAAAGUGGAGACUUUUAUUGGGUAUUUGAAAGCUUUAUCUAAAGUUAAAUUGAAUGUGCCUACUAACUCAACAUUUCUUAACACCUGGACGCCAACUCCACUGGUAUUAGCCGGACUAAUGCAUGAAAAGAGCGUUAAAGGUAACUUCUUUAAUUUCGUUUGCCUUAUUUUAUCAUAAAAAUUGAAGUGGCUUAUAUAAAAAUUAUAAAUUAAAGUUUAAAUUUUAUUGUUCAGUGUCAAGUUUAAUCACUUCGAAAAAGGAAAUUGAUGGAGGACACACGUCGUUCAGUUUAUUGUCGAAAACUUCUGUUAAAGGUUCUCGGACGUCUCUUCAAAGUAAAGGUAAUAAAAUUGUGAAUUAUUUGUGAAAGCCUGUUUUUCAGAAGACGACGAACGUUCUUCUGUAUACUCACAUCCGUCUUUGGUCGAUGGCCAAAUGGAAGCCGCUACAACGUCUGAUCUGAGCUCUGAGGUAGGUUAAAUGAAAAUUUUAAUAUUUUAAAGCUUCAAAUUAUCUAUAAUAACUAGGUAUUUAACAGUCAUGUUUUUUGAAUUUAAUUAAACUAGACAAUAAACAUUGUUUUAGGUAGUGGUUCGUCGAAGCAAGGGAAGAAGGAGAGGUUUGAGUCAGAGUAGCAGUGAGAGUCAUUCUUUAUAUUCUCUGUCCAACGCUUCGUCCACUCAGAAGUUGGCACACGAUACAUUUGAUUCUGUCGCCACUAACAAACCUAAAACUUCUAAAGACGCUUGUGAAACUAGUGUUGGUCAAAGGGACAACAACAAUACUGUUACAUGUAGUGAUGAUGUAACAUCAUCAAAUCAAGAAGAGAGUGUUAACGAGGCUACAAUAAAUGAUUCUGAAGUUAAAAAAGAUAGAUCUUCAGCUUCAGAUCAAUUUAACAAAGGAAAGAUUAGAGGAGAAAUCAGUGAUUUGGGUAAUGAAGGACAUAAUUCAACUAACAAACACACUAACAUUGAAGUAACAGUGGAUCUACAGGACUCUCCUGAAGUGAAGGAAGGCAUCGAAGUCACAAAAGUGUUGGGAAGGUCAGAAGAACUAGUGGGAUCUAGUUUUAUAGUGAAUACUAGCUUCACGGAUGACUCGGCCAACGAUGAAAAGUCAUUGAAAUUAGAAGCAAACGAGGAUAAACUGGAACCAGAAGAAGAAUUGGUACCUAGUAAUUGCGGCAAUUCGUUAUUAGGUAAAGGAUGGGAUGGGAUGUCUGGUCCUUCUGGAUUAUCUAGCAACGCAUCAUCCCUUACUAGCUCUGAGCCGUUGAUACCUUUUGGAGAGGCUAUGAAGGAUGUUGUGAACAAUCAAAUUACUGUAGGUGUUGAUUUUAAACAUGGAUUUUAGUAUUCUUAAAAAAUGUAUUAUAGUUUAUUAAUUUGAUAAUUUCAGCCUGAUUCGCGAAGCGGAACUGAAGAACCUUCCGAACUGUUUGAGGUAUGUUUAGUUACCUUUUGUAGUUUUACUACAUGAAUAUUUUGUAAAGUACUGUAAUUUUUAGAAGGAAGAGCCAGUGAUAAUUGAAGCCGAGAACUUGCCAGAUUUAAAUGAAGCUAACGAAAUGGUAAAAGAAAAAGAGUUGUACAUCAUAUUAACGACGAUUCCCAUAGAAAAAGGACUUGAUUCUCAAGGAUUCAGAUGCCCGAAUUGCCGACGAUCUAUUGGUGCUUCGUUUGGCAACUUUAAGUUGUGCCACUUUGAUGGUUUACAUUACUGCGAUCAUUGUUUUAAAAAGUUUGUUGAAUGUCCAAUACCUGCCAGGAUAUUGUUCAAUUGGGACCAUAGGUCACGAGUUGUGACGAGGACGGCGUACAACACGAUUCAGAGCGUGUACGAGAAGCCUUUGUUCAAGAUAGACGCGGUAAACAAGUUUUUGUACAACGAGGCUGAUGAUCUGGACAAGAUACGACGAUUACGCGAGAAGUUGAGUUUGGUUUCUAUGUACUUACUGUCUUGUAAGCAGUCGGUGGCAGAGGACUUGAAGCGGAGAUUGUGGCCAAAUGAUUACUUGUACACUGACAUCCACAUGUACUCUCUAAAGGUAUGUUGCUUUAGAUGAUUUGGUAUGGACUUGUGUAUGUUAUUAAUUUGUAUUUUAUAUUAUUUUAAAUAAAAGCAUCUUUUAGGAUCUAGAAAACGUUCCGACCGGUGUAUUGGAACGACGGCUGAACACCGUGAUCAACUUUGCUGUAGAACAUGUUGCAUCUUGUGUCUUGUGUAUUCAAAAAGGCUUCAUUUGUGAGAUUUGUAACUCCAGAAAGGUGGUCUACUCAUUUCAAACCGACGUAACAUAUCGGGUAACUUGUUCUGGAUAUACAUUAGUUUAUUUUUAACAACUUACUUUCGCUUAUAAACUUUGUUUUGUGGGUAAUAUUACAAAGAAUGUUUUUACAGUGUAAAAAGUGCUUCUCGGUGUACCAUAAGACGUGUAUGGAGGGUAAGGAAUGCCCACGGUGCUUGCGACAACGAAGGAAUGAGCUUCGUUUGAAACAGAUGGAGUCGUUUUGA